UUGAGGUUGGAUGUCAGAGGGAAGUUCUUUGCUAUGAGAGCAGUGAGGUGGUGGAACAGCUGCCCAGAGAGGCUGUGAUGCCCCGUCCAUCCCUGGAGGUGUUCAAGGCCAGGUUGGAUGGGGCCCUGGGCAGCCUGGGCUGCUAUGAAAUGUGGAGGUUGGUGGCCCUGUGUGCGGCAGGGGGUUGGAGCUUCGUGAUCUUUGAGGUCCCUUCCAACCUUGGCCGUUCUGUGAUUCUGUGAAGGGCGCUGCAGCUGCCAGGCACAUAACAGAGCUGUGCAGGGCUUUUCCCUGAGUUCCUCCUGGGCACUGCUGCAGCAUGUGGCAGCUUGUUGUGCUGGGGAGCUGACAGGAGCCGUCUCUUUUUCCACGCUGUCGGUGGGGAAACUCUGCAGUGUUUCAGUCGUAUGGGCGAUGCUGUGCGGAUGUGUAAUCAGAUAUUCCCCUUUGCAACUCAUCACCGAAAUUGCUCAUUCUGAUGUGACAUUUCUUAGCAGGUAUCACCCUAUGAAGCAUUGAUCGGAACCCUUCAAGGAGCCGAAUAGAACCUGGCUCUUUAUUACAGUGACCUGCAUCUGUUUUUUGAGGCGUACAGAGAAACUCCUUAGGUUGACAAACUGUCCUUCACAAAGUGAUGCCCUGCUGGCCAUGGAGCAGCAGUUGUGUCUGUAGUCUGCGGAGUGCAUGCUUUGGGCUGCAAGAGUGUCUGCAGGGCAAUGUUCAUACCAGGACAUUUGGUAUUUCAUUUCAAUACCAAAAUCACAUCACUACUUGUAUUAACCUGAUUCCAUGCCCUGAUAUGAGCAGCAGCACCAGGCAGACUUUGUAGCUCAGGUCUCUUUCAGUCCUCUGUUCCUGGCUAGAAAAGCUUGUAGUCAUCGAAACAACGAGGAGCCAUUUUCUGUCCUGGGAACAGAUCACUAAGUUCCCAUAAGGCAAAACACAAUUAUGCAAUGAGGCAGCAUACUGUCCCAGGCAUGCACAGUCUUGUUAUGCACUCUCAGUGCUCACAUUCCAACAUGCAGCCGCUCACAGAAGCACUGCACAAAAUGGUGCAGAACCCUUCAAUGCGCUGCAGAGCCACGCAGAAUCCUCCAGUGCAAUGCAGGAGCAUGCAGAGCCCCCCAGCUCAUUUCCCAGCAGAAGCAGCUGUGCUUCUUGCAGGCUCUUUGACCCAGAUAGGGCCGUGCCCUCACCAGGUAUCAGGUGAAAUGAAUCAAGGAAUGUCAAUUGAGGAAAAGGCUUCAUGCGGUAAAUGGAAUGGGGAAUACAACAGAUGAAACACCACAGUAACAGUCGGUUGGCAGAGGUGCUUUCCAGCAGCUCCGUCUGAAUGGUGAGAUCCUAUAAGUUCAGGUGUCACACUGCGCCAUUGCCAAUGAGGUAUCUCAGAGGGGUGAAACUUGUCCACAGCAUUUGUAAAAGGAAGAAUUAAUCUUAGUAACCCCUUUGCAUUCUAGGUGCAGAGAAGGACAAACAGGAUUCCUCCAAAUUAGCAAGCCCAAAUAGUUGACUUUAAUUGAAGAAGAGCUUUACCCUUCCCAACAAUUCCCCAGGUCUUCCCCACCCAUUGCUAUUACUGCUGAGCAGCUUUUGUCCUCUUCGUGUUUAAGAUCCUGAAGUGAAUGCAUCAUUCACUGCCUGGGCAUCCUCACACACUGAAAAUUACUGACACCCACAGCUGUGCUCUACUUCUGCAGAUCUGCACACACACAGGCAUCUCCCCAUGCACACGUUCUGCUAUUGGCAGCUCAUUGACAGCUGGAAGCAGAUUAAGAGGAAGCCCCACUGCAGACACAAAAUACUCCCACAGCAGCAAAUUUUAGACUGACUGUUGACCUCUCUUUUUCCAUGUUAGAAACUCUUCUUCCCAAGCCAAUCUGCUUCCAAAAAAGAACAGCUUAAAUCCUGGUGGUCUUUAAUAUUACUGUAAUGGGGAGUCUACUGUUUCCUAUUAACACUACUCCAAUCCUCUUAAAAGGAGAAUCCUAUCUAGCUAUCAGCCUGGCUCAGGCACAUUUUUAGCUACAGGUCAUUUCUUUCCAGCUGACACAGAUAAGUGGUCGGUUUCAAAACACCUGGGAUGAUGAAGAUCAGGGUGGGAAGCCCCAGCAGGAAUAGGGAACAGUGGUGGGAAGGGGGCUUUUGGCAGCAUUUGGCUGUGACCAGCCCCAUACCAGGCUUCUACAGAGCAAGAGGAGGCCAGUAUUAUAGCUAGACAUGGCAAGCAGAAGUACUUCAACUGCAAAACGCACAGAAGAGGAAUAAAGAGGCCUCAGGUUUUAAAAACACACAUUUCUAUAUAGAAAGGAAGUAAAAGACGUGUUGCUGUUCAUUGAAAAUGUCCAUCAUGUAGAGCAAUAGGAACACUUGCCUCCACGUAUUCAAUUCUUUAGCACUUUGUGUAGAGUUACGCUUGUAGUAGGUAUUCAAUUAAUUUUAUAAGUCAGUGGUGCCAUUAACAUUAGCAGCUUCCCUCAUGUGAGUGGAGUUGUAUGUAUUUUAUCAGGCUUUGCUCUUAAUGUUUCUCAUUCACUUGCCUUACUUCACUGAAAAGUUGGAGCACUCCCUGCAAACAGGUGGUAUGUGCUUCCAUUAGAAAAAAACUAAUGAGGGAGCUUAUUAUCCUUCUUUUUAAUGAAAAACAUAAUGAAGUGAACACAGCUUGUGGGCAAUGUGCAAAAGGAAGCUCAGUUCCCAAAGGUGUUGAUGUGCAGGAGGACCCUGAGCCUCUGCAGUCUGGUUCUAAAUAGGGCACAGCCCAGAACAUCUGAAGGUCUCUGUGGCUCAUGGGUGGGAAUCUCCUAAUGAUCUUAGUUAUUUUUAUACGUGUCUGCUGCCACAUGCUGCUCUGCCCCAGUGCAGAGAACAGCUCUGUGAGCACCCAGUGAGCACACGGGGAGCUGGGCACAGCCUGGGGAAGGAGAAAUUAAAGGCAGCAGCAACACAAAGUCACGAUAUUCACAUCAAAUAGAGGCGCGGAACAGCCAGGAAAAGAAAAAGCAACUGAAGGCGUUAUAAAGGAGCGCGCAAGCAAAGGAAUUUGGAUUUUCUCUUCUCUUACGGAGCAAAAUGGGACAGCAGUUUACCAACGCUGAAGGGGAACAGACAGAGAUUGAUGUUGCUGAGCUGCAGGAGUGGUAUAAGAAAUUUGUGGUUGAAUGUCCCAGCGGAACCCUCUUCAUGCAUGAAUUCAAGAGGUUCUUCGGCGUCCAGGAUAACCACGAAGCAGCAGAGUACAUCGAAAACAUGUUCAGAGCUUUUGAUAAGAAUGGGGAUAACACCAUUGAUUUUCUGGAAUACGUGGCUGCCUUGAAUCUUGUUUUACGGGGAAAACUGGAGCACAAGCUGAGGUGGACGUUCAAAGUGUAUGACAAGGAUGGGAAUGGCUGCAUAGACAAACCUGAGCUGCUAGAAAUUGUUGAGUCCAUCUACAAGCUGAAGAAAGUGUGUCGGUCAGAGGUGGAGGAGAGGACCCCACUGCUCACACCAGAGGAGGUUGUGGACAGGAUAUUUCAGCUGGUGGAUGAGAAUGGGGAUGGGCAGCUGUCCCUAGAUGAGUUCAUCGAUGGGGCCAGGAAGGACAAGUGGGUGAUGAAGAUGUUGCAAAUGGAUGUAAACCCCGGGGGAUGGAUCUCAGAGCAGAGGCGGAAAAGUGCUUUGUUUUGAGGGAGCCCAGUUUUGAUAUGGCUGAAGAUGUGAUGCAGACUGUGGCUGUGGCUCUCUUACUCCAGGGUGUAGUGGCUUUCCUUGUCAAUACAAUCUCAGCAUCCAGAUGAAAACUGCAGUGGCUGAAGAAGCUGUAUCUCACUCUAAACCCAUGUGCUGCGAGGACUUCUGGGACCCAGAGACUAUUUUUGGCCGGUGAAUAAGUCUGUGUGUGUACACAAUGCCACUCUGGGUUUUGGUUACACCCCGAGGAACAAACUUUCCAUGGUGAAGUGGAGCAGGAUCUGAGCAGCAUCUGGUCCAGGCAACAGAGCAGGGAAGUGAGAAGUCCUGGUGUGGCGGUGCCAUCUCUGUUUGCAUCGUCGAUGUCUGCAGAUAGCAGAUGCUAACCCAAAAGCAGUAGGGGUGCUCUGAUGACAGACUGCACCAUCUGGAAUACUGUUAUGGUUCAUAAAGCGUUUGCAUGUUUAGUGGAUUAUGCUACCAAUAACGUAAAGUGAUUGAACACCAUUGUAUUGUAGAUUAUAAGGUUUAUAUUCAGCGUAAGCCAAAGCUGCACACAGCUGAGGAAAAGGCAGGGGGAGCAGUCACUGCGAGUGCCUCCCUCUGCAGAGCAGAUUCUGCUCUUUGCACAUGGGACAAGGGCUGCGGGAAGAGCAGGGUGAGCUCAGGGUGUCACUGCCAUGAGGAGGUGACACUGCUUGGCUGGCAGGGUUGGAGAACAGGAGGGGACAGACAAA